CAUCCUUUGUUUAUCAUUGUUUUUAAGGUUAUCUUUACCAACAAGACAUGCACAUAGGUAUUCUUUUUGAAUAAUUUUAUUUAACUUGUAAUAAACAUGGAAGUGGAUUUACCUAGCUGUGUUCAAGCAAAACUAAAAUCUGAUACGGGAGAAGAAGUUGGGGGCACUUUGGACCUGCCUUUGAAUAUUACCAAAGAUCAGCUGCAACUCAUCUGUAAUGCACUUUUACAAGAGGAAGACAAACCGUUCCUCUUCUUUGUCAAAGAUGUUGAAAUCACAUCAACAUUGAAAGACUCACUGGAUAUUAAAACUUUGAAUUCUGAAGAAGUUGUGGAUAUAAUAUAUCAACAACAAGCAGUUUUUAGAGUACGUCCAAUAACAAGAUGUACUAGUUCUAUACCCGGGCAUGCAGAAGCUGUUAUAUCAACCAGCUUUAGUCCAUCUGGCAAACAGAUAGCCAGUGGCUCAGGGGACACGACUGUCCGAUUUUGGGAUUUGAGUACUCAAACACCUCUUCAUGUCUGUAAAGGCCACAAUAACUGGGUGCUAUGCAUAAGUUGGUCACCAGAUGGUUCAAAACUAGCAUCUGCUUGCAAACAAGGAAAAAUUAUUUUAUGGGAACCAAAUACUGGAAAGCAGAUUGGCAAAACUAUGACUGGCCAUAAGCAGUGGAUUACAGCAUUAGCUUGGGAACCAUAUCAUAAAAAUCCAGAUUGCAGAAAAAUAGCAAGCUCUUCAAAGGAUGGUGAUGUAAGAAUAUGGGACACAGUGACAGGACUUACAGUCCUAAGUUUGUGUGGACAUUCGAAAGCUGUCACUGGUAUUAAAUGGGGGGGAAAUGGGCUAAUAUACACAUCCUCACAGGAUAGAACAAUCAAAGUUUGGAGAGCUGAUGAUGGAAUUCUUUGUAGGACUUUGGAAGGACAUGCUCAUUGGGUGAAUACACUGGCAUUAAGUACUGACUAUGUGUUGCGCACAGGUCCAUUCCAUCCUGUCAUGGAUCAAAAUGGAUUUAUCACUGAUAAAAAGGUCUUACAGCAAAGAGCUUUGGAAAGGUAUGAAGCCGUAUGUACACAAGGUGCAGAAAAACUAGUUUCUGGUUCAGAUGACUUUACACUAUUUUUGUGGCUACCAGAGAAGGAAAAGAGACCAAUGGCAAGAAUGACAGGGCAUCAACAACUUAUAAAUGAUGUUAAGUUUUCACCAGAUACAAGAAUAAUAGCAUCAGCAUCAUUUGAUAAAUCAGUGAAACUAUGGGAAGCAGCCACUGGGAAGUUCAUCACAUCCCUCAGAGGACAUGUGCAAGCCGUGUACAUGGUGGCUUGGUCUGCAGACUCCAGACUUUUACUUAGUUCCAGUGCAGACUCUACAUUGAAAGUUUGGAAUAUGAAGACUAAAAAAUUGGAGCUAGAUUUACCAGGUCAUGCUGACGAAGUGUACGCUGUAGACUGGUCACCAGAUGGCGCAUAUGUGGCUUCAGGGGGUAAAGACAAAGUUUUGAAAUUGUGGCAGCAUUGAAAAACUUAUAAAACAUCAGAGGAUUAUUUUAUUGUAGAAAUAAAGUACCUAAUUACAUUAUUUUGAAUAAAUUAAUAUGAAGUU